AGCUUCAAUUCUCUCAUCCCCAUCAUCAGGAUCACAUAGGAACAAUGAAGCCUCCCAGAGGAAAGUUUCCUAUCACCAAAAUUUGUGUCCUUCUAUUCAUAGCCAUCUUCUAUGCAGAGAGAUUCUCUUUCUUUUCUUCCUCUUCCAUUUUCAAUUUCAAACCUCCUAAUAAAAGCAUUAUCAAGGCUAAGUCCAAUGAUGUAAAGACACAAGAGGAGAUUAUAAAUGGUUCAUGGUUUGAUGGUGGAUUCGAUUUUGACCCAGAAGAGUGUGAUGUUACAAAUGGAAAAUGGGUGUUUAACAGUUCAAUAAAGUCUUUGUACUCAGACACAAGCUGUCCAUACAUAAGUAGACCAUAUUCUUGUGUCAAGAAUGGGAGGAUAGAUUCUUACUACCUUCAUUGGGAAUGGCACCCAGAAGAUUGCACCUUGCCCCGAUUUAAUCCAGAACUAGCUCUCAAAAAGCUUAAAGGAAAGAGGUUGUUGUUUGUGGGGGAUUCACUGCAAAAAAGCCAAUGGGAAUCCUUUGUCUGUAUGGUUGAAUGGAUCAUACCUCAAAAGCAAAAGUCUAUGACACGAGGAAUUCAUUCAGUCUUCAAAGCCAAGGAAUAUAAUGCUACCAUAGAAUUUUAUUGGGCCCCAAUGCUUGUGGAGUCCAAUACUGAGUUCUUUACCAUAAGGGAUCCCAAGAAGCAGAUAGUAAAAGUUGAUUCGAUCAUGGAUCGUGCCAAAAACUGGAUGGGAGUGGAUAUCCUUAUUUUCAAUACCUAUGUCUGGUGGAUGAGUGAUAUUAAGAUUAAAGCACUAUGGGGUUCAUUUGGCAAUGGAGAAGAAGGUUACGAAGAAUUGGAUGCACAAGUUGCUUACAACUUGGCUUUGAGGACAUGGGCCAACUGGGUUGACUCAAAUAUCAAUCCAAACAAAACACGGGUCUUCUUCACAACUAUGUCCCCAACACACACAAGAAGCGCGGAUUGGGGCAACAAAGAUGGAGUGAAAUGUUUCAAUGAGACAAAGCCAAUAAUGAAAAAGAAUCAUUGGGGAAGUGGUUCUAAUAAGGGUAUGAUGAGUGUGGUGGAAAAUGUAGUGAAGAAAAUGAAGGUUCGAGUGAGUUUUAUCAACAUUACACAAAUCUCAGAGUACAGGAUUGAUGCUCAUUCCUCUGUUUACACUGAAUCUGAGGGAAAGUUGUUAACCCAAGAGGAAAAGGCUAACCCACGAAAUGCAGAUUGCAUACAUUGGUGUUUGCCUGGAAUUCCAGAUACUUGGAAUCAAAUAUUUUUGGCAAAGCUAUAA